UAAAGCCACACACACGGCAUACAGACGCAUUUUUGGUUCACAAAAUUACUUCAACAUUUCAAUGUUUUGUUUAUAGAUUUAUUUUUUUGUUGCUAUAGUCACUUGUGUCUGUGAUGAUCGUCUAACGAUCUCGACACCGGUCUGCAGGAUUGAUAUCUCCAACUGCGGCGUCAUUUACUGGAAUCGCGUCGGCCAUGUUGUAGUGGGGGUUGAUGCAAGUUUAGAGGUAGGAAGUGUAGCUACAGGAACUGGGUUAGCCUACUUUUGGUGACUUAUUUUGUCAUGUCGCUGGAUACAUUCAGCUGGGGUUUUAUUCAUUAAGGCGUUCUGUCUGUGUCAACCCCUCUAAUCGUUUAAUUUCUUCAUCCUUCGUUUUGCUUUGAUUUAACUUCAUUGUUAUUUCAUUCACCGAACACAAAAACGAUUGAGAAAGACCUGUGUUGGAGGGAGGCGGGAUGGGGGCGACUGUGAUUUCCAUGUUGGAAUACUAGCUGAUUUUUCUCGUCGAACCCAGAAAUACAAACGACACAACAUCGUGAAUUUCUAAAAGACUUGAACAUGGGCUGCAUCAAGAGUAAAGAGGACAAGGGGCCUACCAUGAAGUACCGCCCGGAUAACGCUCCGGUCUCAGAUGUCAUCGGUCCCCACGUGGGCCACUACGGGCCCGACCCCACCCAGCUGCAGCAGAACCAGCCGUCCUCCACGGGGCCCGCUGCAGGUUUCAACCCCCACGCCAUCACCCCCUUCGGAGGAGCUUCCUCCAUCAUGACCCCCUUCGGAGGGGCUUCCACCUCCUUCUCCGGCGCUCUACCCGGCACGUUCCCCGGUGCAGUCUCAGGUGGGGUUACGUUCUUUGUGGCCUUGUACGACUAUGAAGCCAGAACCUCAGACGACCUGUCGUUCAAAAAAGGGGACCGCUUCCAGAUCAUCAACAACACAGAAGGGGACUGGUGGGAGGCGCGCUCCAUCAACACAGGGAAGAAGGGUUACAUCCCCAGUAACUAUGUGGCACCAGCUGACUCGAUCCAGGCUGAAGAGUGGUACUUUGGUAAAAUGGGACGUAAAGAUGCUGAGAGGCUUCUGUUGAAUCAAGGCAACAACCGAGGCACCUUCCUGGUGCGAGAGAGUGAAACUACUAAAGGUGCUUACUCCCUGUCCAUACGAGACUGGGACGAUGCUAAAGGCGACAAUGUGAAACACUACAAGAUCCGCAAACUUGACAACGGGGGUUACUACAUCACCACGCGCGCCCAGUUUGACACGCUGCAGAAACUGGUCAAACACUACACAGAGCAUGCAGACGGUCUGUGCUACCGGCUGACCACAGUGUGCCCCACUGUGAAGCCCCAGACCCAGGGACUGGCCAAGGAUGCCUGGGAGAUCCCCCGGGAGUCCCUACGCCUGGAGCUCAAACUGGGCCAGGGAUGCUUCGGAGAGGUCUGGAUGGGCACGUGGAACGGCACCACCAAGGUGGCCAUUAAGACCCUGAAGCCAGGCACCAUGUCCCCCGAGGCCUUCCUCCAGGAGGCCCAGAUCAUGAAAAAGCUGAGACACGACAAGCUGGUGCCCCUCUACGCCGUGGUGUCUGAGGAACCCAUCUACAUCGUCACUGAGUACAUGGCCAAAGGAAGUUUGCUGGACUUCCUAAAGGAGGGAGACGGUAAAUUCCUCAAGCUUCCCUUGCUGGUGGAUAUGGCAGCACAGAUCGCUGACGGUAUGGCUUUCAUCGAGAGGAUGAACUACAUCCACAGGGACCUGCGCGCCGCUAACAUCCUGGUCGGGGACAACCUGGUGUGCAAGAUCGCCGACUUCGGUCUGGCUAGGCUGAUCGAGGACAACGAGUACACGGCUAGGCAAGGUGCCAAGUUCCCCAUCAAGUGGACGGCUCCUGAGGCUGCCCUGUACGGCCGCUUCACCAUCAAGUCAGACGGCUGGUCCUUCGGCAUCUUACUCACUGAACUGGUCACCAAGGGCAGGGUGCCCUACCCAGGCAUGGUGAACAGGGAGGUCCUGGAGCAGGUGGAGCGGGGGUACCGUAUGCCCUGCCCCCAGGGCUGCCCAGAGUCCCUCCACGAGAUGAUGAAGUUGUGCUGGAAGAAGGACCCUGACGAGAGGCCCACCUUCGAGUACAUCCAGUCCUUCCUGGAGGACUACUUCACAGCCACGGAGCCACAAUACCAGCCUGGGGAUAACCUAUAGUCAGGCCUGGCCGCAGCGCAGCCCUGGACCACUUCACCGUGCAAUGUAUCUCUCCACCCAGGAGGAGCAGACUUGGAUACAGACGCAUGGAGACGUAAUUCUAUGAAUAAUGUGCUUCAGAAAAGCCAACUGGAAGCUUGGAUAUCAAGUUGCACAAACCACUGCUAUCGCUGAUGAUCUUUUUUUUUUUUUUUACAUCUUUUUAAAAUUGUAUUUUUACGUUCUGUUUGUUUUUAAUUUCAGGUACUAAAUAUAGUCUUAGUUUGUAUGAAUUUACUAUUUUAUUUUGGAUCCUUAAUUUUGUCCUCAAUGAUCAUGUUCAUUUUCAAAGUGACCAAUCAUUCAACUGUGUAGUUGUUUUAACAAAUUUGUUGAACCAUGAAAAUGGCACGAGAAAGCCCAUCAGGGUAGAGGCUCUCGGAAUGAGAGCUCUUUGAAAUGGAGGACAAGAGAGAAGGAUGUACUGUACGGCUGCGUUUUAGAAAUAGGCAGCCCAAUUCUGCUCAUUUUUCCACUAAUUGGUCUUUUGACCAAUCGUAUCAGAUCUUUUGAAAUAUUUUUCAGAGCUGAUCUGAUUGGGUAAAAGAUCCAUUAGUGAAAUUAAGAUCAGAGUUGGGCUGCUUGUGUAAACUCAAAGGCAAGUACUGUGGGAAUAUUUCAAAUGAGAAUUAAGUUCUGUGUUCAACUGGAAAAUGCUUUUCUUUCUACAUGUUUUUCUGAAUGAUCGACUUGAGUGGCGCGGAUCAGGGACAGUUGCGUGGGUCCGUCUUGUCUGCUCAUUUUCUAUUUUAUUUCUAUUAGUUGAUUUUAUUCUAUAUAAACCAAGAAUUAUUCAUAUCUUGGAAAUGGUUCUAGGUUCAUGUGAAGCCCUCGAGUCCUUCAUUAACAUACAGGACAUUUCUACAACACUAAGUCCAUCCUGUUAUGUGUCCAAGACAAACUGUUGCCAUGCCAAGUUAUAUUACCUCUUUAAAGAUCACUACAGCGUAUGACUAAACCUUGUUUCCCUUGUACUCUGAUCUGGAGACAGUUUAGCAUUUUCCCUACAAAUUCUUUAGGUGAGGAUUACAGGAGAGGAAGCUGAUCCUAGAUCUCUAUCUAAGGGAAACUUUACCCCGGAGCAAUGUAUCACUGUGAGAUAGGAGAAUAUUAUUCAGCUCUCACCUGGCAAUGCCGACAGCCCUGUAGAUCACUAAGCUACAUGCCAACGCAGAUUGUCUCUGCACAUGUCAUAGCACUACGCAACAGGAGGCAAUCUUGAAUGGAGCUAGUAUAGACUAAUGUACAUCUAGGACUAGAAUUUGAAUUUAUGGAUGCAACCACCUGAUUUGGCAGUUACGGGCCAGCAAUAACUUGUACACAAUUAUGUUAAAAAGGACUUGGCCUUUGGUCAUUUACUAGACUCAUCAGAUGUUCUAUUUUCAGACCUGAAGAUGCUCGAAAAGGAAACCAUUUCACCUUUAUGGGAACAUAUUGCCAAAGCACCUGAACACUGUUUUAUUUUGACUACAUGUGAUUUUAUAGUGUGAACGGAUUUCAUUCAGUCAACAGUUUCAGCCUAGAUACAAAGAGGAUACGUUUUUAUUCAGACAUUUUUUGUUUUUAAAGGUAGACUCAGCGAAAUGACGUUGCCACGAGCAGCACCGCAGAUAUUGCGAUGAGCGAGAUGCAAGCCUUUGCUCCCUCAGUCACAUACAGUGCUUGCGCAAGGGUUCCCUUCACGCUGUAAGAGCGUGGUAGGUACGGGACCAAAACAGUGGGGGAGUUUAGCCUCGCGCUUCAAAGCUCUUAGUAGUUGCGGAAUUUGACCCACUAUGCUGUUUAUUUUGUGCACCUACAUCAUAUCGCCGAGUCUUCCUUUAAUACAUUAGACAGAACCAGUAAACGCUUAGUCAUAUUUUAAGACCGCAAAAUGGAGGAAGGUCAUUUUAAUGCGUCAUGUCGCAUCCACAGGGGUCAUUUGACUCUUCUUUAAACUCAUCAGUUAAGUGUUACAUUUGAUUAUGCAUACUUACACAGCUGGGCAGAACAUAGAUUGGUCAACUGGGGUUUUAAAGAAGGGCUUUGUACAAAAUCCUGAUUUUAUAAAAAGCACAGCAAAGACGUUGGGGGAAAGAUAAAUAAUUAUGGUUUAGAUACUAAUCUGUGGAAUUUGUACAGUUGGAAAAUAAAACAUUUCUGAUUCUAA